AUGUCUUCCAAUUCCGAGUUUUCAUCAGUCGUGUUGUUGCUGUGUUCACUUGUAUGUUGCUGUGUUCAUGCGCAGUUGAAUGAUACGAUGAGGAAUGAGUUGUUAACUCUACACAAUAAGGCAAGACAAUCUGUUCAAAAUGGUCAGCUUAUUGGGCAACCGAUAGCAGUCUCCAUGAAACCACUGAAAUGGAAUGUGGAAUUGGAAAAGAAAGCACAAAUCCUGUCUGAUCAAUGUCGUGUUGGACAUGAUACAAAUGCUGAUCGUAAAAUACCGAAAUUCCAAUAUGUUGGACAGAAUUGGGCCGGUGCCAGAGACAUAAACACGUAA